AGUCCUGGGGGCGAUUUGCUCGACUAAAGGCGGUGCUCCAGCAUGGCCACAGUCAAAUGACUGAAACAAAUAAAAGAGUAAAGAAAGUAUCUUCCUCACCUCAGUGAUCUUGUUUGGGUUUCUUCAUCUUUACAAUAGCCAGUAUUGUUAAAUAAGUACCAGUAAUAUAUUGGUGUCUAUCUAUAAACUGUUUUAUUUCUUAUAGUAAGAUUGUAUAUUUGUUUGUUUUCAGUUUAUCGACGAGUAACAAUGGAUUUGAGAAUGCUGAUUAUGGCAUCACUGACCAGUGGUCUUGCUGGAAUCGGUUAUUAUAUUUGGAAAAAAGCCCUGAAACCCACUCUACAGUUGCUUUAUUAUGACAUCCGUCUUUUGUCAACCUUAUCAAAAGUUGGCAAAGAAAGAAGUAAAAACUACAAAGUUAUGAGUUUAGCUGACGUCUUUCAAGCUUCAGUGAAAGCUAACCCAGACAAAGUAUUUCUCAUCUUUGACCAACAACAAUACACUUACAGUUAUGCUGAUAAAAUCUCCAACAAAGUUGCUAAUCUUUUGUUAUCACUGGGAAUCCAGAAAGGUGAUGUUGUUGCCAUGGUACUGACCAACAGUCCACAGUUUGCUUGGAUCUUCCUUGGUCUUACCAAAAUUGGUGCCAUUCCUUCCUUAUUGAACUACAAUCUUCGAAGUAGUGGCCUUGUUCAUAAUUUGAAAAUCAGCCAUCCAAAGAUUAUCAUUAUUGAUAGUGAUAUUGAUAUUCAAAACAACAUGAAAGAAAUCCAACCUGAAUUCCACAUCCCAAUCUAUGUCGUAUCAACUUCAACGAAAUCCUGUAUUUUACCAGACUUUUUGUCAUUUGAUGAUGUUUUGGAAUUGUCUUCAGAUGCAAUAGUAGAUCCUUCUUUGAGGAAGCCAUUACAUAUGUCAUCUUUGUUCUGUUAUAUCUACACAUCAGGCACCACAGGGGUUCCAAAAGCCUGCAAUAUUUACAUCAGCAAAUUCCUGGGAAGUUUACGCUUUGGCAACAUCAUUGGCAUCUGUAACUCUGAUGUUAUCUAUGUCACUCUUCCACUUUACCAUUCAAAUGGACUCUUUCUGGGUUUCAAUUUGGCUCUAAGUCGAGGAGCUACAAUUGUUUUGAAGAAGAAAUUCUCUGCCUCAAGUUUCUGGAAAGAUUGUUGUCAAUACCAAGUCACUGCUGUUCCUUACAUUGGUGAAUUGUGCCGUUACGUUCUCUCACAACCCAUUACUACUUCAGAAUCUUUACAUCAAGUGAGACUUAUGUACGGAAAUGGACUAAGUAAAGAUAUAUGGAGCAAGUUUCAAAAUCGAUUCCAUAUUCCUCGAAUAAUCGAAUUCUUUGGAGCUACUGAGGGUAAUGUUCUGUUGAUUAAUACAGAGAAUAAAGUUGGUGCUGUUGGACGAAUAUCACCUUUUUUGAAUAAAAUCCUUCCCAAGACAUUACUCGUGAAAUAUCACAAUGGCACUGUGGAACCUCAAAGAGAUUGCCGAGGGAGGUGUAUACCAAUUUCUCCAGGAGAAACGGGCCUGCUUUUGAAUGAAAUAAUCCCCAGAUUUGAUAACAAGAUCUAUAAAGGCACCAAAGACUUGGAUAAUCAAAAAAUUGUGACAGAUGUGCUGAAAAAAGGAGACAAAUUCUUCAACUUUGGAGAUGUACUCUUCUUAGACGAAGAUUAUUUUGUUUACUUCAAAGACAGAAUUGGAGACACAUUCCGAUGGAAAGGAGAAAAUGUGGCCACACAAGACAUAACUGAAACUUUCAGAGACAUCAGUUUCAUUCAAGAUGUUGUUGUUUAUGGUGUGGAAGUCACAGGUUACGAAGGUCGAGCUGGCAUGGCCUCUUUGAAACUUGAAAAUGCAGCAGCUUUGAGUAAGAAUCAACUUGAAGUUCUAUACCAACACUGUCAAAAGAAAUUACCAACUUACUCAAUUCCACUGUUUUUACGAACACAAAAAGAAGUUUACCUGACAGGAACUUUUAAAUAUCAUAAACCAAAACUUCAGAAAGAAGGUUUCAAUCCAGAACUCAUCUCAGACUCUCUCUAUUUUCUGAACCGAUCAGCCAUGUGUUACGUUCCACUAUCAAACGACAUUUAUUUGCAGAUCUUACAUGUGUCAUCACUGUUAUAGGGCAAUAGUCUGGAGAGAGAGAGAGAGAUUUGUUACGUAAGGACACUAUUUCUGAAAUUGUUUUUUAAAAAAAUAAAACCAUGAAAUUUAUUUACCAUUUCAAAUAACUGACAUUGGCUUUUCUUUUCUGAAAAAUCUUACUUUUUGUGUGUGAGAAUCAAAUUGAAAAACAUUGUCUUUAAAAGGGUUGCCUGACAUGUAAGAAAGACUCCAUUCAGAGCAGAAACAGGUGAGAUUCUGUCUUGUUUAUUAUUCAAUUCAAAUUAAAUUAAAAUCUAAUUAAGGUUCAGUGUCUCAAACAUUUCUUAACCCUCUGAAAGUUUGCAUUUUUUUAUAUUUAUUUUGUACUUUUACAUAUCACAUUAUGAGUAAUUUCUCGUUAUGAAAACAAGAAGCAGUUUACUUGAUGACAAUCAAAGCACAUAUCUUUAUAUAUUUGGAUAUCUGGUCUGGAGAAGACAAGUCAAAUAUUCAAAUUGACUCAAACCACAACAUUUUUGUUUACUCUCAUUUAUAUCCUGAUUAGAUUUGCUUUCUUCAAACUGAGUUUAAUCCCUAAUUAUUCUUUUGAAAUGGGAUCUCAUUAACAUUCUUUCAUUAAUUUCUCUAUUUCAUGUCUGUUUUACUAAAUUAUUCCACAACUCUCACCAUUGUCAUAAUCAGUAGAUCUGCAACUGAUGGUCUCCUACAGAACUGUUCACUCUUUUUAUGCCCCUCCUCCCCCCCCAGAUUCAAUGUAGAUCAAUUCAACUGAAGAAUUGGGGGUCAUCUUACAAUAGCUUAUUCUUCAUCCACCACCUGCUAUGAGGGCAGAGUAGCCAAGUGCUAAGAUAUUACACUAAUGUUAUUUCAUAAAUAUAUUUCUACGAGAUCACCCACCAAUGGUGAGGGACAGCCCCCCGCCCUUCUCCAAAUCUAGUGAAUCUCAUAGAAGAAAAGGAUUAAACUUGAUAUAAAAUUCUUGACUGGAAUCAGUUUACACCUCUUGUAUUGGUAUUGCUUUUGAGAAAGACAAGAAUCACAUCAUUUCCAAAUCAGAAAUUCUUGUAUUUUCUUGUAGCUGAUGCCUUGUUUAGCAGGAAUUUAGGAAUUAGUUUGGUCUUUCAAUGUUGCAACAGAUUCCCAUCAAAUCACUAAAAACACUCCCAAACAAUUGUAAUGUCACCAUUUUUCAAGUUGUCAGUUUUUCUCGAAAUCUUCAAGCUUCUUCUCGUCACUUCAAACUUGUACGAGAUUCUUUCAGAUUCAAUGUCACAAACAAAGUGAAAAGGCAUUGGUUUUUGUUUGUUUUUUUUUUCCUAUAUCAGCUCCUCUACUUUGCAUGUAUCCCUUCACUGUGUUGUUUAACCCAAGGUCUGCUCCUAUCAUGCAUACCUAUGACCAAAGCAUUUUGGCCAUCACCAUCCAUCCAGCUAUCUUUUUGCCUACCCAGGACUUUUAUCCAGUGUUGUAUUUUUUUUUUAACACACGAUUUGAAAUGAAGAUUUGGCUGUUAUUUUCGUUAGGUCAAAUGACCAUGUAGAGUUUCUUGUUGGUCCAUUAUCCUCAGUCUAAGUAAACGAGGGUGCUGCUAGGAAGAGUAGCAAUAAAACCAAUUUUAUAUUUUAUCAUUUGCUGACAACACAUCAUUGAUGUACUCAGAGUAUAUCCUGCAGUAAAUGUUUUUUAAUGUCUUUGGAAUAACCACAAUUUCUAAUUGUGAAAUCUCAACCCAGCGACUGAAAAAAUAGGGCAUCAGUCUGCAACAGUCUGUUGUUAAAGAAAUCAGGCCAGCCUUGUAUUAUUUGUAUCAUCAAGAGUUACUUGUUUUGGAAAUUCUUUUAGAAUUUUAAAGCAAGAAAUAUUUUCUUCUCAUCAAAUCACUAAAUUCUUGGAGACUUGAGAUCAACAAUCAGUUUCUAUAGAAUGCUGGAGAUGUUGUUGCCAUUAAGAUCUUAGUUUUCAGAAGAUCAUUUGCGGAACUCCUCUGAUUUUCUCUGAAAUUCGUCAUAUUUGGUAAUUUUAUUUGAUUACAUAAAGCAAGUGGUGAAAUUUAUUUGAUUGGUCAACAUUUCUGCUUUUCUUGUCUUUGGUUCCAUUUACUCAGGAAUUCAACGUUAAAGUGUCAAACUUCCUUUAUGUCUCUUUGAAAUAGGGAACAAAAUUGUCUUCAGUGGACUAUUCCAUGAUAACCCUGUUACGAUAUUUGGGGAUCUUAGUAAUUCUGCACUUUUCCAUAUCAUCUCACUCCCUGCAAAUUCAUAUUGCAACAUGUGAUGAGCAAACUUUACUUGUGUUUCUUCUUUUUGAAAUGUAAAUAAAAAGAAAAGCUUUGGUGAGAUUAAAUGAUAUCAGCUCUGACAACUGAAGUUAUUCUGCAGCACUGAAAAUGGUAAACAUUUUGUCCGUCCAAAUUCCGUAAUAGCUCAGCAGCAAACAAACUCCUUCAAGUCUUUCUCAUCAUCCACAUGCAGCACUUUAUUAUUAUUAUUAUUAUUAAUGCUGAUGACAAGGGCCUUUGAACCUUCUUCGAUAUUUGUUGAAACGACGACUUUCAUGCUAUAAGCCUUUUUACUCUGCAUUAUACAUACAUAUAUAUAUGUGUGUAUAUAUAUAUAAUAUGUGUGUAUAUAUAUAUAUAAUAUGUGUGUAUAUAUGUUGCCGUCUCCAACGUUGCCGUAUACAUUGUCCCGGUUCGCCCAUUCCUCAUCCUUCUGUAGUGCUGUUUGAAAGGGAGGUAACUUUGGCUAUCAGAAUAUCUAAGGGCAAUAACUGGCGCAAUCUUGUUUCUUCACCUUAUUUUUGUAUCUGUCAACUCUAAAACUCCGAUAUUUCUCUCUCUGAUGUAUCUACAGGCUCUCAACUCUGACUGUUGAACAUUAUCUAGAAUAUUCUGGCAAAAAUUUAAAUCGUAAAACCGCCCAAAGACAAUUCUGCAUGAUUAAUGGAAAUAACAAACCAAGUGACUUCCUAACAACUAAAGUGGACAGGAAGUAGAAAAGACGGCUUUGUUUUCUGGAUUUUGGUCGUGAAUAAAAUAUCUUGUUCACCA